CAACUCAAGACUGGGACAUAGAAGAAGUCUGACACGACUGUGCAAUCUGGUGACAAUUUCUCAAGGGCUUUCAGUGUCUCGUAGGCCUGUGGGCGUUUCACCACCCUCGUCGUACGGACCUUGCACAUCGGCCGCCUCGCCCUUCCACAGCCAUCGCGUUUCACCGCCUGGGUCCUGCAGGGGAGUCCGACGGACAUAUAAUUCCUACUCAUACCUACACUACCGCCCUCGCCCAACACUCAAUUCCUCGAAGCGAUCGCCACCAUGAGCUCUACUACUACCGCCACGCAGACAAACACGAUCACGGCAGAAAAUGUCCUGCGCCUCUUCCCUGAGGUCAACACUACCUUGAUCGGUGCUGGAGCGCAAACGUCUGCCACCGACAAUGACCUAGAAGGAUACGAUGAGGAGCAAAUCCGGCUCAUGGACGAGAUGUGCAUUGUGCUAGACGAGAACGACGUCCCAAUUGGUAGUGCUAGCAAAAAAGUCUGCCACUUGAUGGAGAACAUCGACCAAGGCCUCCUCCAUCGCGCAUUCUCGGUGUUCCUGUUCGACUCGAACAACCGCCUCCUUCUCCAGCAGCGAGCGACGGAGAAGAUCACCUUCCCAGACAUGUGGACAAAUACCUGCUGCUCCCACCCGCUAGGCAUACCUGGCGAGACUGGUGUCGGACUCGAUGCUUCCGUUCAGGGCGUACGACGAGCAGGACAGCGCAAGCUUGACCACGAACUCGGCAUCAAGGCUGCUCAAGUGCCCCUUGACGACUUCAAGUUCCUUACACGGAUACACUACAAGUCUCCCAGUGAUGGGAAGUGGGGAGAGCAUGAGAUUGACUACAUCCUCUUCAUCAAGGCAGACGUCGACAUUGAGCCGAACCUCAACGAAGUGCAGGCCACCCGCUACGUCUCCCAAUCAGACCUGAAGGCUAUGUUCGAGGACAAGAAGCUCAAGUUCACACCGUGGUUCAAGCUCAUCUGCAAUAGCAUGCUAUUCGAGUGGUGGGAUCACCUCGACUCUGGCCUAGAGAAGUACACCGGCGAGACGGAGAUUAGGCGGAUGUAGAAGUGGAUAAACAGACAGUGCACUUCGGCUGUGUAGGGUUACUCGGCAGCGGAAUUGAUUCCUGUGGAUAAGGCGCGGCAACGACGGAGCAGGUGGCACGGAAUCCUUCGGGACGGCCUGCAUGACAACAUCCCUCAUGCAGACGAUAGCU